CGAGGGCAGGUAGUCAUGAGGGUGAGGCCCAAACACGUAAAACACCCGCAGCAGAAAACCAAGUCCUGGGAGACAGCCUGGAGGAGACGCAAACAAGGAAGUCAACAGGCGGCUCUGUGUUGCCAGGACGCUCCAGCCCGGGUAUAAAGGCCGCCCCGGGAGCACCCUCCAGACACCUCCACCCUCCUCCCCGACACCAGCCCAGCUCCGUGCCAACAUGUGCUACACCAGCUGCUCCCCCGGCUGCCAGGCUUCCUGCUUCACCUCCAGCCCCUGCCAGGCGUCCGGCUACGUGCCCGUGAGCUGCCGGCCCUCCGUGUCCGUGCCCGUGAGCUGCCGGCCCUCUGUGUAUGUCGUCCCCUCCUCCCAGUCCUCCGUGUGCCUGCCCGUGAGCUGCAAGCCCCUGGUGUUUGUGGCCUCCUCCUGCCAGUCCUCUGGGUCCUGCCAGCCCUCCCGCCCCACCCUGGUCUGCAGGCCCGUCUCCUGUAGCACCCCGUCCUGCUUCUGACCAUGAGCCUCCCUCCCGGCCGCUCCCAGGGCACGAGGGCCACACCUGUACCCUUCCUGGAACGAGCCUUCGGUGGGUCUCCAGGUUCUGCAUGGGGCAGAUGAAGAACAUGCCCAGCAGACCCUCUGAAGCCAGUGACAAGGAUGGAGCAGGAUGAUCUGGAUCCUUCUGUGACCCUGGGAAGCCCUUGUCUCCAGCAGGGAACCCACCCCAUGUGAGUCAAAUAAAUGGUGCCUUCCUGAUGCA